AUUUUACUUUUCAAACAACCCCAUUAUGUUUAAUAACAUCAACAACAACAACAACAACAAUAACAACAUCAUCAACAACAUCAACAACUGCUUCAGCCAAAUGCUGCCCUCCAUCAAGAACGAUAAUCAGCAGGCUCUGCCUUCCCCAAUGGUCUUUGAAAUCGAGCUGGAUGACUUCCCCAAGGAUUUUACCUCCAGCAACAACGAGGCCAGUGUUAUCUUAUCUUUCACACAGGACGACUCGUCCGAGCUCGAUCGGCUUACCCUGAACAACAAUUACAAGCACUCAAGAGGGUUCCUUCAGGGUCCAGGCACACUCCAUCAGUCUUUUGACUCCACGGAUACAUUUUUGGACUCGAUUGCCUCCCACUCCAGAUUCAGCUCCUCUGACUCUACUCCUGAUCCAAAUGACCCGCACAGAUUUCCUUCGCCUUCUUCGCCCAUGCCCACUGGAGCAUUUGUUUAUCCACUCCAGCUACAACCACCACCGGAUGCACAUUCACAUCCACAUCUGCAACUGCAGGCAAUGCAAACCAUUUGUGCGACCGAGAUGGAUCUUUUCUAUGCCUUGCCUCAGCCUUCAUCCCAUUCAUGGGACCCAUCUUUGGGUAUGCCCCCCUCCGAUUGGACAGCACAUUUAGUGUCCAGUAACGGCGGGUUUGUGCCGGACAACAGGGUCUCGGGGCUCUGUGUUGCUCAGGGCGUUAUCGGUGGCACGUCCUCCAUGCCCGAUUACACGUCAGACCCUAUGUCGUUCUUGAACACCAGUGCGGGGUUACUGACCCCUGGUGCAGGCGAAGGUGUAGGAGGAUAUUCCUCGGCGCGCAAUGGGGGAUCUGUUCAACUGUCUCUACUCACUGGCGGCCUGCAGGCGGACAGUUCUAUGACGGGGGGUAUGGGAGGGUCGAUGGAUGUCAAAGGAGGAGAUGGCGGUGGACUUCACCUGUUAAACAUGAAUGGGUCUCCUGAGGGAUUCGCUGUGGACGAAGAUGCAGGGAGAGCGUUGUUCGCGUCCGAUUGCGACAGCGAUAUCAAUAAUGUUAACUAUACCAGCAACGUCAACAACUUUAACAAUAGCGUGACCCACUGGUUUGGCCACGCGCGGCGUACAUCCCAGCCGUCAAUUCGACGUCAAACCUCGACAUCCGCACUAAGGCCCAGAUUCGACCCCUUGCUCAGCGUCGAUGGUCAGUCCUCUGUGGGAAGAUCAGCCUCAAGUUCCCUGGGACGAUCGUCUUCGGGACGAUCUAGUGGUCGCAUGGCGAGUAUCAACCAUGCUAACAGAUCUCUCCGGACGAAUGAUCCGCCCUUCUUCCCAGCAGUGACCCCUUCGUCAUCGCCGUCACCUUCCUCCUUGACAACGAGCCAACCAGUACCAGGAGCAACAACAACGUUGGCGGCUUUGUCUACCGACAUCCAGGGCCUUGGUAACAGCGUCCAAGGAUCCGGAAGCGCGCCGAUCCCACCAUUGUUGUUUCCUCCUACUUCAUUUGACAUGUCGGGUUUGUCGCUUUCAGCUUCGUCUUUGUCAAUCUCCUCCAUUGUGUCGUCCUCUACAGUAUCAAUUUCAUGUAUGACCCCUUCCCAAUCGAUUGCCUGCCCAGGUACCACAACCGCAGCAAAACCAUUUCACAAACCUCGUGUCUCAAAGCCUGCGCCUCAGUCCCUGGCUCCAUCGUCGUCGUCGUCGUCCCCAGCGUCUCCUUCUCCUUCCUCUUCGCCAUCGUCAGCGUCACCUUCGUCUUCGUCACAGCCCAAGGAGUUUUACUUCGCCAAACCGUACGAACACUCUGAGAUCAAGAUCGAUCGACGCACCUGCAAUAGCAGACAGGAGCUUAAGGAGGCACAAAAGAGGGAUCGUCAACAGAAUCCGUAAAGCACUAUCAAUCAUCGCCCCUUACUGCCACUUCAGUUAUUAUCACUCCCCUGUCUCUCUUCGCG